CUGAAUGGAAUAGUUAAGUAAAGGCAGGCUUAGGUCUGAAGACCUUCAUUCUAUUUUAUUAUUUUCUCACAUUUCAAGCAUCUCUCCACCUCUCCAUUCCUUCCUAACCCCAAAACACCCCCAGGAAGAUGAAGUACAUCAUAGGAAUAGGAGGUGUGACCAAUGGUGGCAAAACCACUUUGACCAAUAGACUUAUCAAAGCCCUUCCAAACUGUUGCGUUGUGCAUCAAGAUGACUUCUUCAAGCCACAAGAUCAAAUACAAGUCGGGGAAGACGGCUUUAAGCAAUGGGAUGUGCUGGAUUCCUUGGAUAUGGAUGCUAUGGUGAGUACUGUGCAGGCAUGGAUUGAGAAUCCUGUGAAAUUUGCCCGAUCCCAUGGAGUGAAUGUUUCACGUGACUCAAAGGCACCCCGUUCUGAUGAUAUCCACAUAUUGGUAAUUGAAGGCUUCCUGCUUUACAACUACAGACCACUACUGGACUUGUUUGAUAAGCGGUACUACUUAGCUGUUCCAUAUGAUGAAUGCAAACGGAGGAGGAGUACCCGUAAAUACACAGUACCUGACCCACCUGGUCUUUUUGAUGGCCAUGUCUGGCCCAUGUAUCUUAAGCACAGGAAGGAAAUGGAAGCAACUGGAACUGAUGUUGUUUAUCUGGAUGGACUGAAGUCCAGAGAUGACCUUUACAUGCAAGUCUUUCAAGACGUACAAAACACAUUUUUAAAUAGUUCAUAGGAUCUGUGGAAAAUGGAGAAAUCUAUGUACACAUCUGAUGUAAAUAUUAUUUUGCUUAUUAACUGAAACAUGUGGGGUUAAGUAUCUAAGGGCACAAUAUUUUGCCCUAUAAAGCCCUUCUGAAGCUGUCCUUUGGAAAAUAAUUUUAUGUAUAUAAUAGAAAGUUAAAGUAAUUUAUUUACAACUCACCCAUGGGCAGUUCUUUUUUUUAAUCCUUUUUAUAUGCUGUUGAUUUACAUGUGUGUGCUUCAGGGAUGCAUUUUUAUAAUGGAAAAACUUAGAUGAUCUUUAUAAAAUAGCAGUGCUUAUGUCUGUUAACUUUCUGUAAGUGGUAAAUCACUGUUUAAUCGCUUGUGUAAUACCACGCCGUGCACGUAUUAAAGAGCCCUUUAAGCA